CACAGAGACAGACAAAGAGACACAGAGACAGUUUGAAACUCAAAACUGACAUAACGUAUUCUUUCAUAACGUUAUAGUCUUCUGUGAUAUAAACCUGGAGAACAGCAGCAGACGUUUGAACACUGGAACAUCUUCCUGAACUGUUGGACGGAUUUCGUUCAGGAUUUAUGGUCAACAUUUACAGAAAUGACAAUCAUUCUUCCUCCAUAAAGGAUCUUUGUCUGCACGGAUUACAAACUUCAGAUCUUUCUGGAAUCUGCAGAGUUUAUCUUCACAUUGAAGGACACAGAGGAGAGAGGACACAGAGAGGACAGAGGAUAGAGAGGACGGAAGAUAGAGAGGACAAAGGACAGAGGAUAAACAGGACAGAGGAUAAAGAGGACAGAGGACAGAGGUCACCAUGGGCUGUAACAUGUGUCUGGUGAAACGUCCAGAGGAUCAGUACAGGAUCAUGUUCCAGCAGAAAGGACGGAGUGACUCCCUGCGGCCGAUGGACAGACAUGGAAACAUAAAGGUCCGAGGACGGAGACCCUCUCAGCUCCCGCUGGACAGACCACAAAUCUCCCAGCAGCCUUUGCAGCAGCUGGGGUCGUCCCGCAGGAGUCACAGGAGGAAAGGAACUUUAGCGUGCAGCGCUAAUGCUAAUGGCAGCGGCUCUGUCUGCUCUGUUGCCAUGGUAGCGAUCCCCGACUGUGUUGACAACGCCACGCAGACAGACAUCAGCUUCCAGAACACCAGAGGUCAUCACCAUGGCGAUCAGAGAGGCUCUCCCCCCCCUCCCCCCUCCCCUCCCGCUGAAGAGAUGGACGCCAUCAACCAGUUCUGUGUGUUUGAGUUCAACGACCCCGACGAUUAUUUUGACGUCUCCAACCACGAGGUGGACCGACGGGACGCCCUGCAGUACGAGGAAGUGUCUCUGUAUAAAUCGAGCCAGCGGGAGAAACUGGGUCUGACUGUCUGCUACCGCACUGACGACGAAGACGAUCUCGGGAUUUAUGUUGGAGAGGUAAAUCCAAACAGCGUAGCAGCAAAGAACGGACGAAUCAGAGAGGGAGACCGAAUACUGCAGAUUAACGGCGUAGAUAUCCAGAACAGAGAGGAAGCCGUCACCAUCCUGACCAGAGAGGACAUCAACUUCUCCCUGCUGCUGGCCCGGCCAGACACAGAGAAUGAAAACCCUGUUGGUCCGGAGGAAGACAUGGAGCUGACUCUCUCCCUCCCUCCUGCCCCCCCCUCCGGAUACUACCGCCUCUGCAGUCGGGGGGGAGGAGGUCCGGCCUGUGACGUGGAGGAGGAAGAGGAAGAGGAGGAAAGAGAGCGAGGAGAGAAGGAGGUGCCACUGCCCCCCCUGCUCAUCCUGGCUCCACUGCUGCCCAACAGCCAGGAUCUGGACAGCGGUGUGGGCCGCACCGACGACAGCACCGAACACAAUACCAACACCACCAACACACCGGGCAGCGCAAGGAAGUUCAGACCCAGCCCCAGGCCCAGUCCUAGACCCAGCCCCGGCUUCGGUCCCGGCCUUGGAAGCCUCCACAGCCCAGGCUUCGGACCCGGUCUCGGACGAGGGGACACCACCCCUCCUUUCCUCCACCUGCGAGACCUCCAGCUCAGCUCCGACUCCCUCCCUAGCCUGGACCGGGCCGCUGGGGGAGGAACAGGUGGAGCAGCGUUCAGUCCCCACCACAAGCAUCAUCCCUACCAGCUGACGAUGAUGACAAUGAUAAUGCCAGGCCUGACGGAGGAGGAGUGCCAGCGCUACCAGGAGCUGCUGGAGAUCAGGUGCCAGUAUGAGAAACAGAACGAAAAACAGCAGAGAGAAAAUAAACGCGAAGACGUUGACGUUGAAGCAGAGUUGAACGACCUGGACGAGAAGGGAGGAGACUCUUCUUCGGCGGCGACUCUGAGCGAACACGAGGUGGCGCUGAUUGAGGAGGAGCUGCGCCACCUGGAGUUCAAGUGUCGCAACAUUCUGCGAGCGCAGAAGAUGCAGCAGCUCCGAGAGAGAUGUCUGAAGGCCUGGAUGAUGGAGGAAGAGGCGGCAGGAGCAGGUUUGGAUAAUGAGAACAAGGACGACGAGGAUAACGACCCUCUUCAUCACGAGUUGUCGGCCAUCAACGAGCUGCCGGAGCGAGAGAGAUCUGACGACAGAGACAGCACCAGCGCCUACAACACCGGGGGGGAGAGCUGCCGUAGCACGCCGCCAGUCAGCACCGAGCAGAUCCCACCUCUCCAGGAAGAGGAAGUGAUGUCUCCGCCUCCUCUGCUCCCUCUCGGCCGCCUCCCCCCUCUGAACUCCCCUCUCACGCCGCGGCGUCACCGCCGUGACCGAGACAGAGAAAGACGCCACUCCAACCUCAGCGGCCCCUUCUCCCCCAGCAACGACAGGAAGUACCAAACACAUGGGUCCUUCUCCCUGGGCAGCGACAGGAAUUACCAAACACACGGGUCCAACUCCACCCCCUCUACACCCUCCAAGUUCAGGUCUCUGAGCAGAGAGGCGGGGUCAUCUCCCAGAAAAGGCGUUGCUGAUCGGGGGCGGGGCUCCAGAACAGGUGGCGCCCCCGAAAGGCCCGCAGGAGGAAGUGCAGAGUCCAGUCCCUAUUUCAGCAGAAGACGCCAGAGCCACAACAAAGCGUUAGAGCACUACCAGAGCUGCAUGGCCCUGCCCUCCCAGGGCCUGGUGGACCCUUUGGAGAGGGGGGCGGGGACGGGCAGCAGUGGCCCCGCCAGCCCCAGGAGUGUGAACAGUGCCCCCUGUGGUCUGGAGGAGCGGCAUACCAGUGCCUCGCGGUUAGGACUGGCUCUGCCGCUUGGGCUGACUCACUCAACAACUGCCUCGCCUCAACGCAUGGAGUGGAAGGUAAAGAUCCGGAGUGACGGCAGUCGCUACGUGGCCAAACGGCCGGUGAGGGAUCGUCUCCUGAAGGCCCGGGCCAUGAAGAUCAGAGAGGAACGCAGCGGCAUGACUACGGAUGACGACGCUGCCAGUGAGAUGAAACAGGGUCGAUACUGGAGCAAAGAGGAGAGGAAGCAGCAGCUGCUGAGAGCCAGAGAAACCAGACGGAGAAGAGAGUUCAUGAUGCAGAGCCGCCUCCACUUCCUCACAGGACACAGGGACUCUUCAUCUUUGACAGGAGGCGCAGCAGAUGAGGGCAGCAACAACAUUCUGGCACUGAGCCAGAAGAAGAUCCUGAAGAAGAGGAACCGACGAAUCCUUGACAACUGGAUCACCAUCCAGGAGCUGCUGGCUCACGGCUCCCGCUCGCCGGACGGACAUAAGAUCUACAACCCUCUGCUGUCGGUCACCACGGUGUAACAGGGGUAACCGGGUAACCGGGGAGAGAGGAAGAGGAAACGGGGAAGCAACGACAAUACAACAACUCUCUGUUCUCCAUUGACUUGUAUUGCGUGAUGAUGUGUCUGGGGGGUGGGAGCAAGAAAGUAAAUACAGGAAGAAGCUCCAGUGUUGUGGACGUCUCCGUGGUCAAACCAGCUCAUUUCAUUUAAAUAAUCAGACAUUGUUUCGCACCCACAUUACUACGUCUGCUCUGCUCACCGAGACUUCACUCUGCUCGGCCGGUCUGUCUGUCUGUCUCCAACUUUAGAGAUGGCUGGUGUUACCACGGAGAUGUGAGUAACGGACGGUUGACUGCUGUCUGUUUCUGAGAGAGAAACACUGAAGCUGCUUCAGUUUGCUGCUCUGCUGCAUCAAAG